AUGAACUUUAAAUUAAAAAAAUCAGAAGAUAGUUCACCUCUCCAUGAAAUUUGUCAGGAACGUUCUGAAUCCAUCAGCAAUGAUUUUUGGGUCGAUGCUUGAAUGGAAGAGGUAGAGGAGGCUUCAAUGAAUGCUGCUAUCGGUGAUAUGGAUAAGCUUGUGCUCAACAAUGAUAUUCCUAAUUGGGAAUUUCAAAAAGAUGAAUAUCUAAAUGACCCAUUGUUUAGUGAGAUGCUUUUUGAAGAGUCUCAGAAACACCCAAGCAUUGACGAAGAUCCUUGUAGAUUCGGGAGCCCCAAGGAUGAGGCAGAUAGAGUCUAUGUCAUUCAUCAACCUCUUUUGACUUCUAAAAAGACUAGAGAUAAUUCGCUAUAUUUAGAAGAAUCUGGACCUGGAAAGGAAAUUUUCUUUUCAAAAACAUCAAAGGAAGAAGUCAUUCAGAAUGCUCAAAAAGAUGAAAAUUGUCCAGACUUUCAUGAUGAUUCGAACAGUGACAGAAUCAAUGAAGAGGAGAAAGACUCUUCUCUGGCGAAACUUACUGAAUCUGCUAAACCUCAAGGUGAGUUAAUAACCACUAUGGUUAAAGAAGAAGUAACUGACAUGAAGAGGCAGGAUGUGCCUGAUAUGACUAGAAAAGAAGUAUCAACCACAUCUGCACCAGACAUGCCUGCCCUAGGAAAAUUUGACAUGACAAGAGAGCAAGCACUUGAGCUUCUCCACAAGGCAUGCAUUAAUGGCGAAGAUACAUUCGAUAAUCAGACCCCUGAAAGGUCUCAAGGAAGGCCAGAAAACAAAUACCCAAACGACGAAGAGACUCUUCAGAAGCUUUAUAAAGAAAGCCUGAAGCCGAUGAUAAAAGUAUUCAUCAAAAACAUGCACGGAAGGCCAGACUCAUUAUAAUGACAAGUCUUUUUAGGUAAAAUUUCCGCAAAAUCUGCCAAACUAAAUCCCAUCUUUUUCAAAUUAUUAACAGACUCUUUAGAAGGACUAAGAAAGAGUCAAAUUACUUCUUAGAAAAGAACGGAAGCACUUCAGCAAGAAAGAGCAUGGUCUUCUCAAAGUUCUUCCUCAGCUGGGUCAAGAACUACAUCAAUAACUUGUGCAAGUUCCACCAUAUUGAGUCUCCGUAUGAGAGAAAGUAUUUGUUCUUCUACCACAUCGUGCUCAGCUACCCGAAAGAAAAAGUCUUGGCGGUGCUUAAUUUCUUCUUUGGUGAUCAGCCAGAAGAGCUAAACAAGUAUCAAAAUCUCUUAGAGGGAACUAAGGUUCAAUCAAAGAAGGCAAUCCACGAUUAUUAUACUCUAAACUCUUACUUCAAAAGGAUUCUGGACAAUUUCAAAUCUAAUCUAGAUAAAUUUGGAGAAGAUCUUGUUGGUUGCCAAACCUUAAUAGCUAAAAUGCUCGAAACUUACUGUAAAAUUUCUGGCGAAGUCAAGCAUGAAAUCCU